AAGGCUGCCCCCCCCCCUCUACCUGUCGCACGCAGCUCGUGUCUCUUUAAACAGCAGCGGCAGCAGCAGCAACAACACCCACUUAAUAACACAAUUUAACUCUUAAAUAGUCUUACACGAGAGAGAAAACGACGCAACGAGGACCACCAACACCACCAUCAUCAUCGUCAUCAGGUGGAAGUGGAGCGCUGACCGACCGAGUGGAUUGAAGUCGAGGAGUCGGACAGACGGGGGACUGACUGCGUGGGACGAUGUCUGCGAGCUCGCCACUGCUGCUGUUGUUGCUGUUGCUGCUGUUCGUGUGCGUGGGGCAGCGUGGGGCAGCCCGGGCAGGCUCUGCUUCCUGCCUGGCCGAUGAUGAGCCUACGAGCAAUGAAGACCUGUUGGCCGGGCAGGAGAACGUGACACUGAACUGCCCCAUUAACGGCAACUGCUCCAGCCCCCAGUGCCCGGUGGUCUGGCUCAAGGACUGCCAGACACUCAACCUGUCCGUGGAGGGGCACGUGCACGCCAUCGACGUGGGCCUGCACUUUGUGAGCGUUGCUCUGGCCGACUCGGGGAACUACACAUGCCGCGGCAGCGGAAACCUGGUCAACUCGAGUCACACCAUCAUCCUCGCCGUGAAGGAAUUGACAGCAGCUCCAUGCAUGACCUCCCCUUCGCUGCUUUCCCCACCUGGGCCGGAGCGGCACAACAUGCCGAUGGGCGCAUCCCUGUCUCUCAACUGCACCGUGGAGAUCGGCACCAACAGGAGCGAUGUCACGUGUCCGACCUGGGUCGUUUGGCGCAAGGACGGCAUUGCGCUGCCUUCAAAUUCGUCUGCUUACAACAUAACCGUCCAAGACGCCAGGUUUUCAGAUGAGCUCUCAGCUGUGGUCAUCACAAGCCGCUUGUCUGUGAGCACUCUGGAAUCUUCAAACUUUGGGGCGUUUGGAUGCCAUUUCCACACUACGGCUGGAAAUAUCAGUGCAAGCUUCGUUGUGGCGAUGGAAGAUAAGGGCCUUGCUCCGAGCCACGUGGUGAGCGCCGUGGCCGCCCUGGUGCUGCUGCUGCUGCUGGCGCUGUCCGUCGCGCUCUACUCGCGCUUCAAGCUGGACCUGCAGCUGUGGCACCGCAACACUUACGGCGACUUCGAGACCAACGACGGCAAGCUGUACGACGCGUACGUCUCCUAUGUCAACACCGAGUUCGACCGCAAGUUCGUGCACUUCACUCUGCGGCCUCACCUGGAGAUGUGCUAUGGUUACCGCCUGCACACGGAUGACAAGGACAUCCUGCCGGGCUUGGAGCCGUCGCCCGAGCUGCUCAUGAACCUGAGCCGCUGCCGCCGCCUGAUCGUGGUGCUGUCUGGCGCGUACCUGGCCCAGGAAUGGUGCUCCGAGGCUUUCCGGGAGGGCCUGCUUCGCCUGCAGGAGCUGACGCCACGGCCUGUGUUCAUCACGUUCGACGAUGGCCGCCGUGCGGCCCCCCACCCGGCCCUACAGCUCUUGCACCUCUCCCGCCCGCACCCCGUCAUCUUGCCAUGGGACUCCACCUCCGCGACUGCAACAUCCAAGUUCUGGAAGCAGCUGUGCCUUGCGCUGCCCAAGACUGUGGAGAUGCGUCACUUCUCGGUGGGUGGCGGUGGCGCGGGUGACCCGCAGGUGCAGGCGGUGGGCGACCGCGACCCCAUGCUCAUGCUGAACCCCGAGUACCUGGACAGCCGUGGGGACGGACUCGAUGGUGGCGGGCGGCAAGAUUCCCGGCGUGGGCGGGCUGGCGAUGGAGUGGCUGAAGUCGCCAUCCUCUCGCUGUCUGAAUCCACGCAGUCAUCGGCGGUGGUGUCACGGCCCAACCGUGGCCCCGACGAGCUGGAUCCCAACCUCGACAUCGAAACCCUGGAGUCACGCAACUAUGGCGUGCGCAGGGACUUCUACUGUCUGGUCACCGAGCAGGAGAUAUAACCUCCGGCCGGGGCUCUGUGGGAAGUGAUAUUGAUGCAUCAUCUGUUCAGGUCUAGUCCUGUGAGUGGACGAGGACGUCUGUGGUCCGUAAUGCGAGCAAAAUAAACUCAAUCUGGAAUUGUGGGAGCUAUCCAGGUUACAGCGUACCGGGUCUUCGGAAGAAUAAUGAAGUCUUUGUGUUGUGGCGUCUAGCAGACUUGAAAGUCCUUUGAGUGACCUUACCUCUGCCAAGGGAAACUUAUAUAUAACAAAAAUGCAGUAUAUUCAUUUGAAGUCUGAGUCGAACAAUGUUUUAGUUUGUGGAGCUUAAUCCAGAGCAAUUUACUACGAUAAUGAGCCAAGAAUGUCUGUGUGUCCUGCACGUGACGUCACUCCACGUCGGCCAGCCCCCCUCAUUAAUAAUCAUGAACAUGUGACGUCCUCCACAUGGACCCCCCCCCCUCAUUAAUAAUUAUGAGCGAGUGACAUCAUUCCACAUGGAGCACCCCUCCCCCCCUCAUGAAUAGUUAUUAGCAGGUGACGUCACUCCACAUGGGGGGGGGGGGCGAGGCGCCUCCUCCCCCCUCUUCGGUGUCAACUUACAACCCUCACUACAAAGGCAGAACCCUCACGUCACGCGAUCUCCGUCACGCUACUGAGACAUAACAGUUAAAAGGACGUCAUGGUGAACAAGGGAUUAUAACCUUUAAAUGAAAUAAGUCUGUGUCACCGCGGCCUUCCAAAUUGCACACGAAUUGAUGCAAUAGCACGUUGCGGGCUGCUUUUCGUUUGCAAGUUUCAGAUUUACUGCAAUACACCCGUCCUUGGACGGGUAAAAGGCUAGUAGACUAUACUUACAAGAAUGAUGGUGGCCUUUUAAUGUCAUCUAUAUUUCUAGAACUUAAAAUUGAAGGGACACAUACAUUGUUGAUUGUAAGAAUGUGAAAUUGUUUUUGCCUGUCAAUUAAUUUGUAAAUGAAUUAUGUGCCUGGUAUACACAAGUAUAUUGGAUAAGUAUCUGUAUGUGGCAUUGUGUCGUUUCACAUGGUAUUUUUACACUGCAAAGGUAAGCGUCAGUGUUGAGGUUAUGUAUAAUUUUAUGCAAAAUGCUACCUUCGUUUAUGAAUGUUUUUUUUGCUAAGCGUGUGCGUGUGCAAGCAUGUGAGAAUUCUAAUAUGUCUGUGUGACGUGUAGACCAGGUUUUGGAGAGAGUUUAAUAUUUUAACUCUUUUUUUUAAAGGGAGAAUUCUCCCAUAUUUAAUGCUGUGGGUGAGCAUUUGGCUCUUUGAGAGUGGCGUCUGGAGAGAGCGACAGUUGAGCAGCUUUAUUACGGGUACCUUGAGCACCACGGUGCCUCGGCUCCAGCACAAAUAUUUGCAUUCUUUAAAAUGUCGUAUCUGCAGUUUGUCAGAUUUGUUUAUGGCUUAUAAAAAGACAUUUUAAAUUGCAGUUGAGAAAUUUGACUUCAAAGUGACCUAGAUUGUUAGUUUAAAAAUUAAAUCGUGUAGUUAAUUUGGUGAAAUCUUUUUUUAUUCUUAUGACAAAUCGUGACUCGUUUAUUCAUUUCUGAAAAAAGGGGGUAUUGCAAAACUGAACCAUGUCACUACCGCAUACCAAACUAUGGAUUGUGUUCAGAACUGUGUGCCUUCAUGUGCUUUCGUAAUACCCACGAGCGAGAUGGUGCACAUGUGCUUCACGCUCAUUCUCCAUUUCCUCUGCUAUUAUUAUUACAAAGAGACUAGAACGUUUUAGGUCUUAGGACGUCGAGUAAACCGACUUGAUUGAAAUUAAUUUAAACGAAGCAAUGCAGUGGGGGAAAAAAUGUGUUUAAUCAUGACGCUGCUGUAUAUAAUUUGCAAAUAUAUUGAGCAUAAAAAUGCAAUAUAAUGUAAGUCAAAAAUGUUGUACUAAAUAUGCAGUUUCUAAGCACAGAAAAAGCACCUCAUUUCCAUACUCUGAUAAAAAAAAUUAUUUUGUCUUGUCCAUUAAAAAAUAUUAAUAUUACCUGUAAUGUUUGUCCCUUUUAAGAACUUUAGGAAGUUUGUUAAUUGUUUUGUAUGUAUAAUAAAUGAUAAUUUAAAUAAA